CACUAAUACUUUCUAGGAAGGGAUUACCGGUGUGGGGUUAGGGGAUGGGGGGUGCAUGUGUCAUAGUAAAUGCAUGUGGCUUUUUCCAACCUGUUUUUCAGGUCACAAAGGCACCUAUAAAGCACACAGAAAGGCUUCUCAACUUGAAGUUUCUCAGGCAGUUUCAAUACAUUGUCCCUUUGCAGACUGGGUCUCACUGUACUUUUUGUUGGAGGGAUUUUUCAUUUCAUUUCUGUAUGGUUGUGUUCUCUGCUAUGUAAUUUCUUGUUGGGAUGCAGGCGUCUCAGAGAGAUUCUUCCCGCUGACUGCAGCAGGUGGCACGGCUUUGGAGCAGCCCUGGAGCACUCUGUUGGUCCAAAUAGAAAAGAAUGAGGGAUGUUUUCUGGCUGUGCACAGUUAUUUGCUUAGGAUAGAUUGGGGAGGAGACAGAUAGCAAGCAGCUGGAAGCGCUUUUAUGGCUCAGAAGGUAUUUUGAAAGUGAAAGAAAGUUAGCUUGGCAGCCGCAAAGGAGCAUGCGAGGGAUGCGCAUUUUGGCAGCCAGGCUGGAGCGCUGUGCAGAUCCCACAGCUGCUGCUUGCAGCUCCGUUUCUGCAGGCUGCCUCUGGUCUCUGCAGCUGGCAGAGAUGCCCUAACGUUGCUUCACACCCAGGCACACACACUGCCUGGCACAGCUGUAAGCUGUGCAGUCUGCGUGCAGUUCCAUCUCAGAGGCUGCCCAUCACUAGUACCAUCUCUGGCCGUGCCAAGAUGCCGCUGCCACUGCUGAGAAAUCCUCACACUGUCUGUGCUUGUGGUGUCUUUCGCAUCCAUGCUGUACCCAUCUUUUUCUCUUCUCUGUGGUCCAGGUAGGAUGAAAGGUUUCAGGGAGGGGAUCUGAGGAGGACGUUGAGACAGAGAUUCAUUUAUUAAUUAUCAGCAGAUCAGAUCUAAUUUGAGUAUGUGUCGGCUGCUGCUCUUAGGGUUCUUUCUUGGUUUGUUUCGGUUUGUUUUUUUGUUCUGCUUGUUUUGUUUUUAAAUCUGUCCCGUACUGUGGCUUUUCACAUGUUUAACUCAGGCACCUGAGGUACAGGAGCUGCAGUGCCAGGUUAGCCUCAGAAGUCCUUCUCACCUUGCCAGCUCUCCCAGCUGGCCAAAACGACCACUCUUCACUUAUUUGACCUAACAUUUGUAAGCUGAGUCCAAAGUAGAAGCUGGAUCUGAUUGCAUCUACAGGGAGCAGGUCACUGUUACGGCUGCUUUUUACUCAUGUGGUAUUUGCUGAAACUGUGAAAUCAAGUGCUUGUGCGAAUUCCUCAGUGCAUGUGUGGGAAGCUCCCUCUGCGCUCCAGGCAGCGGUGCUCCCGCUGCUAUUUCUGCCAGUAUAGGGGCCCAGAAAUAUGUCCCUGUAUUCCCUGAAGGGAAUGUUCAUGUGCUAUUUGAUCUAAGACAGGUCCUAAUAAAGACUCCACAAGCUGCAGCCCAAGGUAAAAAAAAAGUGGAGCUGACUUGAUCAGAAACCAUAGAAUUGACUGCACGUGGUCAGCAGUGUUACCUGUUAGGAUCAGAUGAGGGACAGAAGAUUGGUGCUGGCUUUGGUGAAGGCCAGGUGUAGGCUGGGAUGUCGGGAAGCCAUAUGGGACCAUAUACGGCCCUUUGGCUCACCUUCCCCACCACAGACCUGUUCCCAUGUUCUGCUAGACAAGGCCUUGUAGAAGGCUUACAAGGAGAAGGCAUCUAGGUCUGGUAAUUUUCCACUGGACAUGAUAGUAAAAUGGGUUGAGAACUGUGGGCACUAUUCACGUACCAGCAAAGGGCAAGGAAAUGCUCACAGCUUUCUCAGCUCCUCAAGGUGGGACCAGCUGAGUAGGCACAGGAAUAGCAUUCUUCAUCCAUCUUUUGGCCCGUCUGGAUGAACAGCAUGGAUUUGUGCGGCACGUCACCAGAUCCCCCUUGCUGAUGCUGCUUAGUUCCAGCAUGUUUUACCACCUGAGAGACCGGGAGAUGCUCCGGAAGAGAAAGGCGGAAGCCAAGGAGAAGGAUUCAAUUCAGUGGGCUCUAGGGGAUUAUGAGAAAAGCAAGCGUCAGAAGAAAAGCCAAGGUGCCAGGAGGGGAAGGAAGCGUGGGCAUGUAAUGAAGCCUGCACCACAGCAAAGGCCUCAGUCCCUGAAGACAGAGGAAGAUGAGACGAUGUCUUCCGUGAUUACGCAGCAAGCUGAGUCUUCCCAGAUAGAUGCGCAGGACCUGUUUUCUGGUGUGCAGCUGGCAGAUCUGGAAGGGAUAUUGGCCUCUGAGAGCCAGAGUCCCCUGGGUGAAGAGGAUAUGCUGAAACUGGCGGAUGAGUUAGAGGACGUACUGAGUUCUUCACUGGAAAAUAAUGGAUCAGAAAUUGACACAAACUCAUCAAGCCCGUUUUAAAGUUUU